AUGGCUUGUAUUACAACAAAUAUUCAAAGCCAAAUUCAUAAUAGUGGUAGGUUAGAUGUUAGUACUUUGAUACAAUUAUCUGAAGACUUAUUGAAGCUUGAAAGCUCACCAGAACCUGAAGGCUCAUUAGAACUUGAAAGCUUAGUGGAACCUGAAAGUGUAAGGUCUAAAAACCUACUAGAACUAUCUGAAAAUAUACUUUUUCAAAAAGGCAAAGCCUACUACUCCCUUGAAGCUUUCAAAUAUGUGGUCGAUCAAUAUUCAGAAGCAAAAGGGUUUAAAGUUAUUUACAAUAAAGAUAGCAACCGCAGUAAUGGCUUCUGUCGCACUCAAGUUUUCACUUGUGAUUAUUAUAGUCAAUUUAAACCCAAGCCUAAAGACCCUAACAAAAAGAAUAAAAAUGUGGAAUCUAAAAAAUAUAGUUGUCCAUGGGUGUUUACAGAUGUUACUAAUCAAAGGCAUUCUUAUUGUGCUGCUGGUGCAUUGCUUCAGAACAAGACUCAUUCCAAUAAUGACCUUCCGAUGGCUGAUGCUAUUUGUUCUAUUCUAACUGAUAAACAUGGUACAAAGUACAGGUUUUUUGAUAGUAAAACCAUACUUACUGAUUUUCUAGCUGUGUUUGAACAAGCAUUUGGUGCUUGUAAGGAAGCUGAGGAUAUUUUUAUAUACAAAGAGCUUAUUUACCCUUCUCAUUCUAAUUCCAAGAACUCUAUUGAAAACCAAGCAGCUAAUUCUAGUAACAAUGGGUUGUGUUGUUUUAAAUUAUCAAAUUAUGAAAAACCUGACACUAUAUGUUGGGUAUAUUAUGAUGGCUGUACACUUACUUGCAGUUGCCAUAAUCUUAAUGAAUCUUCUAGUGAAUGUGUCUCCAAACUUCAAUAUAUGCAUAUUAAUCGAUUAUUAGGAGAAAUUGCAAGUAAGAUUGCAGUUGACUCUGAUAAAUAUGUGGACUUUACAUUGUAUCUUGAGAAGUAUUUAGAAGCUCUGUAUAUAAAUACUGACAAUGGUUCAAAUUCAACCUAUGUAGAAAAUGUGACAGCAUCUUUACAACUUCUAGCAAUUAACAAUUUCCCUAAGAGCAAGGCAGUUGAAGGCCAAAGAAAGGAAGAAUCAGGUCCCAAAAAAAGAAUACAUCUGUAG